UUUUGAAUGACAUUCUCGGACCAGAAUUUGAAUUUCGAGAGAGCAGCAUACAGUUUACCACGAGCAGCAUGGCGACGACAGGUUUCAAAGACGAUCCUUUUUGGAUGUCGAAAAUGAAGUAUCAGUUUGAAAUUUGGUUUGAUUUGGACGGCAGCGGAUCAAUUGAAAACGAGGACUUCAACAAGCUUUUUGAUAAUAUGGUAGAGGCAAAAGGGUUGACACCCGGCAGUCCAAUGUAUGAAAGAGCAACUAACAUGAAACAGAAUAUGUGGACCAUAUUACAGCAUAACGCGGAUGGGGAUAGAGAUAAGUCGAUAAGUCUGAGUGAAUGGUGCACUUUCUUUGAUGAUUUUGCCGUCCAAUACAACAAGCGAAAGUACAUACCUCAUUGGUACAAAGAAUUCAUGGCAGUGACCUUUUUCAUAAUCGACAGGAAUGGUGAUGAACUGAUAGAUGCCGGCGAUUUUGCAUCAUAUUACAAUGAAACACACAAACUCCCCUUAGAUUUAGUAAAAUCUGCAUACGAGAAAAUUACUUCGGAUGGCAGGCCAGGAAUUAAUCUGGAUCAGUUCAAAGAUAUGAUGAUCGGCUUCACAGUUUCUAAGGAUAUGGGACACACGGGAAAUAUUUUAGGAGAAAUGAUGGUCAACGGCCGUUUAUUAGGGAUGGCAAAGAACAUGAGAGAUGAUCCCUUCUGGAUGUCAAAAAUGCGGCAUCAGUUUUACACAUGGUUUGAUGCGGAUCGAAAUGGUGUCGUUGAAAGGAUGGAUUUUGCCAAUAUAUUCUUGGGGAUUGCACUUACCGAGGGUUGGGAUCAUGGAAGUCCAAUGUGGAACAGAGCCGACAACAUGCAAAAAAAUUUCUGGGACGAACUAAAACGUGCGGAUACUGAUAAUAACGGCCAGAUAAGUAUAACUGAAUGGUGUGACUUUUGGGCAGAUUUUGCAGCAAACUACAACUUCAUGGAUAGUGAUUUACCCCAAUGGUACUCUGAAUUCAUCGAUAUCAAUUUUCUACUUACUGACACUAAUGGGGAUGGUUGGAUUAGUAGGCGAGAGUUUGCAGCAACUUACAAUGGAUUGUAUAACAUCCCCCUUGCCAUAGUGGAUUCUACAUACGCGAGGAUAACUCUGAAUGGAAAACGGGAAUUUGACCUCAAUCUUUACCGAGAAAUGAUGGUUGGAUUCGUUGUAUCCUUGGAAAUGGACAAUCCUGGAAACAUUUUUGGAGAAAUGUUGGUCAAGCUAAUAGGUUGUGAAACUGAAUUUGAACGCACUGCGUUCUGGGAGGAAAAACAAAUUUACCAGUUUUAUGUAUGGUUUGAUCAAGACAGAAACGGAGUUAUUGAAAGGAAUGAUUUCUAUCAACAUUCUCAGAAUAUUCAAGCCUUGACUAAGUGGUCAGUAGGCAGUCCUAUGUGGUCAGUAUGUGAUAACGUCAUGUACACGAUGUGGCAGGAAUUAAGAUGCGGUGCAAAUCCUAACUCCGAUUAUAAGGUGACGUUGAAUGAGUGGCUUGAUUUUAUGGAGAAAAUGUGCAGACAAAUCAAGUCCAAGACUAUGCAGGUUCCUAAAUGGUAUAGUGACUACAUCAACCUAUACUUUGAUGUCUUUGAUAGACUUGGAAACGGUGAUGGUUGGAUAGCGAAAGAGGAAUUCAUGUCAGCUUAUCGAGCAUUCCUAAUUCCAGAUGACGUAAUUGAGAAAUGCUUCGAUGAUAUGACAUAUGGUGGACGUAUGGUCAUGGAUCGUGACUUCUGGUUUCUGUGUAACAUACAGUAUUCAACCUCAACUGAUAUGAAUUCUCCCGGGAACUGCCUUGGCAAAAUGCUGACUGGAAGAUACAAUUAA